CCGUCUUAUCUCUCACAGUAGAAUAACAAUUUAACAUAUAUACGGAAACAAUGCAAGAAGCUUGUGGACUUUCCUCGGUAUGCUAUGAAUGGGAUAGAAUAACUCCACUGUUUUUAUAAUGAAUCAUUCAAGUUCCAAAUUCUUACGUUACGUUGUGCAAGACAUAAAUGAGCCUUCAGUCUUACCAUACCAAAAAGAAAUAAAUGAGACGCCAGAAAACAGAAUUACAUCUCUAGAAAUACUUCGGAGAGAAUUACAAAGUUUUAAGGACUUUGAAAUAUGCAUGGAUGAAGAAUUUCUACUUCGUUACCUGAGGGUUUCUAAAUUCGAUACAGAAAGAGCAAUUCAACGAGUGUUAAAUUAUUAUCGAAAAGCCGAUGCUUUAAUAGAAAUGUACAAGAAAGUGACUUUUCCACUUCAAAAAGCUGAAAGUUUAGGUCAUCUAUUUAUUUCUCCAUAUAGAUGUCAGAAUAACUCAUUUCUUGUUCUUGGAAAUGGCGGUAUUGUAGAUUACAAAAAGUUCACCUUUGCAGAACGUUUCUAUUUAGAAAUAUUAUUUGUUCAUGAAAUUAUUGAAAAUCCAGUCAAUCAAAUUUGUGGGGGAACAUAUAUUUUUGAUUACGAAGGAUUUAAUAUCCAUGGCUUUCUGGCGUUGACACCCGGAUGGGUACGAACGUUUCUAGAUUUCUUAUUGAAUGUUUUCCCUUGUCGGCUCAAAGCAGUUCAUAUAGUUAAUGCACCGUCAAUUUUUUCACCUAUCUGGAAAUUUGGACAACCAUUUGUAUCCAAAAAGAUUCUGACUAGAAAUUUCUAUUUUUCAGUUUUUUCUUCAUACAAAAAAUGAUGACUGGGAAAAACUGCAUGCUCAUAUUUCUCCAGAAAUCCUACCAGAAAAGUAUGGGGGAAAAUUAAAACAAGAAGAAUUGAUCAAUUGUCUUGAGGACUUGGAAGAAAUGGAAAAGAAAUUUCGUAAAAUGUUAGAAUUCGGCUUCAUCAAAACGAAAAAAAAUCGACAAGCUCACAAAGUCUUUCAUUAAAAAUUGAAGAUUUCUUUUCAUACCAUCUCCUUGAUAUAAUGCGAAAAGUUUUCAACAUUCAAGAACGUCAACUAUUUUUUCACUAAUGUGAAAAAAAAUUAAUAAUUUUCCAACAUCUAUUCCAAAACAUCUUAGUUUCACAAUACUUUAGAAUUUUUUUCAUCUAUUUUAUAUUAAUUUUAAAAUUUAUUUUUAAUUAUG